AUGAGAUCUUUCAACAUUGCCUUCUUGGCCGCAAUACUCUCAUUAGAAGCGCAUGCUGUCCCCCAUUCCAACAGAAAAGUCAGUGUGGGAACUGGUUUGCUAGUCGAAACCACCUCUGGAAAUAUCCAAGGCUUCAUUAAUCACACAGCUCCUGAUGUGCGCCAAUUUCUAGGUGUGCCAUUUGCAGAGCCUCCUGUGGGACAACUUCGAUUUGCCAAACCACAAGCCAAGCAACCCAAUGGGACGGUUAAGGCGCUCACGCUUCCCAACUCUUGCAUGCAGCAAUUUGAUUCUAGUAGCUCGACAAUCUACACUGAAUACGAAACUGGGUUCUUGGUCAGCGGGGGAAAUUCUGAAGACUGUCUUUAUCUCUCUAUAUGGGCACCGAAGGUUGAGAAUAUUCAAUCACAACAAAGACCACUUCCUGUGCUUCUCUAUAUUCCUGGGGGCGGGUUUACCAGCGGAGGCCAAGCAUCGCUUUACAAAAUUCCGGACAAGUGGGUUCAGCGAACUCAAUCUCAUAUUGUUGUUAUUAUGAACUAUCGUGUCAAUCUGUUCGGUUUCCCGAAUGCAAAGGGCCUAGAAGAUCAGAAUGUCGGGCUACUAGAUCAAAGAUUGGCUGUUGAAUGGGUCAGAGACAAUAUCGGAAAUUUCGGUGGCGACACGAAGAGGAUAACACUAUGGGGACAGUCUGCCGGAGCAGGCAGCGUUUCAGUCUAUCCCUAUGGAUACCCAGAGGAUCCAAUUGUCGCAGGUCUUAUCGCAGACUCAGGAGGUCCUGGAAUCGUCAACUAUGAUUUAGCCCAAACAAACUUCACAACAUUGGCUGGCCUUGUCGGAUGCGAUGGCCUGGGCUCCGAAGAGGAGCUAAGCUGCGUUCGGAAGGUGCCGGCCCAAACACUUGAAAACGCCCUGUCUUACUAUUCUGGCAAUGGUACAUCACCAUCAAUGGCAUUUAAGCCAGUAGUCGACAACAAGGUUGUGUUUUCGAACUGGACAGAGAGGCUCACGAAUGGAAAGGUUGCCAAAACACCAAUGAUUAUCGGUAGCAACACGAAUGAAGGUGCUGGCUUUGUAUCUUUCACGCCCGAAGGUCCCGGAGACGAAGCAUUGGCCGCAGCUACCAAGAUAAUCAGCUGUCCCGUCGCAGCAGAAGCACAGAAUCGGUAUAUUGGAGACCUCCCCACGUAUCGCUACCAAUACGCUGGAAACUUCUCCAAUAUCUCACCACUGCCUUGGUUUGGUGCCUACCAUAGCUCAGAGUUGCCUCUGCUUUUCGGUACACACUCGGAAUAUCGCAGUCAAUCCACCAGCUUUGAGUGGGAUGUAAGCUACGCAAUGGAAGCCCUGUGGCUCAGCUUUGCUGAGGAUCCCACGCGUGGCCCGGCACGUUUAGCUUUGGGAAACACCGCGGCGAACCCUAACAAUGCUAGCUACUUUGCGUGGCCUAAAUUCCAACAGGGGGCUUCUGAUAUGCUGCUAAUUGCCGAGGGUGAAAAAUUGAUGCAGCUUGUAUCAUCGGAGAGUAUUGAUACGUCUUGCUCUGUUUGA